ACCUCAGGAGAACCUUUCUAACAAGCUGGCCCAUAUGAUUCGUUGUUUUGUUUUUACUACGAGGCCCAGUUAACGUUAAGUGAAUACGAGACGUGACUGCUAACUUAGUUGCAUAUUUAAAUAUCUGUAUAAGCGGGACGAAUUUCAAGUUUCCUGCAACACAGUGGAUUCGGUCUCAGACGGAGUCAACAAAGGCUGUUCUCAAAAGGUUUUCUUGGACUACAGGCCCGUGUACGGCCACUUCCUCUUCUCAUAGCUACAGGCGGGGGUUAUGUUGGAUACAAUCAAUAUGGGCACUACAAGGAUCGGCAGCUGGAGAAGCUCGGCAUUGAAGUGCAACCACGUAUUGCCAAUGGAUUUCAGCUGCCUUGAAUUCAGCAGCGGCUCAGAAGAGGAGCUGGCUGACCGACCAAUCGCAGUCCAGCAUCCCACACGUGACGAGAAGGGAGGGCGGGUCUUUAGGCUUUGCAGCGGAAAACCACCGAGCCAGACGAACGGAGUGAGCGUGAGAGAGGGCUAAAGCCUGCCAUACGCACUAAUCCUUCCACGGUGAUCAUGUGUCAGGGGAGUCUGAAGCAGCAGAAGGGGCCGGUGCGGAGCACUGCGGGGACAUGGUGAGAUGCUGCAGGUCUUUGCACAGCUCUCCCUCUUGCUACAAUCUCCACAGAAUCAGGGUUAAUGUGCGGCGUUUCCGUCCGCCGGGCUCCUCAGCAGGAGCGACAGCCGGCGUCAACAACGGCGGCACGGGGGGCCCAUCUCAGCCCAGCCACCGGAGCCGAUUCAGGUUGCAGUUUCCACAGUUGGCCCUACGGCGGCGACUAGGCCAGCUGAGCUGCAUGUCCCGGCCUACUGUCCGCCUUCGCUCAUGGCCUCUGUCCUUCCUCUACUACAUCCUGCCCUUCGGAGCGCUCAAACCUCUUGCCAGAGUAGGCUGGAGGCCCACAAGCAGAGUUACAAUCUACAAGUCCAUACCCACAAGACUCCUCUCCAGAGCCUGGGGUCGCUUGAACCAGGUGGACCUGCCAACUUGGUUACGGAAACCUAUCUUCAGAUUGUAUAUAUGGACGUUUGGAGUCAAUAUGAAGGAAGCGGCCAUAGAGGAUCUACAGCACUACAGAAACCUGGGCGAGUUUUUUAGGCGUAAACUCAAGCCACAGGUUCGGCCGGUGUGCGACUCGCACUGUGUGAUCAGUCCAGCUGAUGGCAAGAUCCUUCAUUUUGGGCGUGUGAAGAACUGUGAGGUUGAGCAGGUGAAGGGAGUGACCUACUCUCUGGAAACGUUCCUCGGGCCGCACAACUGGACCGAGAAUUUACCUGCUAACAGAAGUUUAGAUGAGGAUGAUCCUGGCACUUACCAGGAUGCCCUGGUCACUAAAGAGGGGAAUGAGUUGUUUCACUGUGUAGUUUAUCUGGCUCCAGGUGACUACCACUGCUUCCACUCGCCUACAGACUGGAGGGUGGCACACAGACGCCACUUCCCAGGUUCUCUGAUGUCAGUGAACCCAGGAGUUGCGCGCUGGAUCAAGGAACUUUUCUGCCAUAAUGAGCGUGUUGUCUUGAGUGGGGAGUGGACACACGGAUUCUUUUCACUCACGGCUGUAGGAGCGACAAAUGUGGGAUCUAUACGCAUCUAUUUUGACAAAGAGCUCCGCACCAACAACCCACGAUACAACAAAGGGUCAUUCAACGACUUCAAAUACGCUUCAAACAACAGCCAGGAAGGCGUGAGCAUGAGAAAAGGAGAGCACCUGGGCGAGUUCAACUUGGGCUCCACUAUUGUACUGUUAUUCGAAGCUCCAAGAGAUUUUACCUUUAAUUUGAAAGCAGGCCAGAAGAUUCAUUUUGGAGAACCUCUUGGGACAAUGUAACGCUGACCAGAGGGGAACACAAUCUGAUGAUGGACAUGCGUAACCGUGUGGAGAUGCAUUCAGGGUCUCAAAAACUAAUACACUCACAUUUGCAGAGAUGUACUCUGUUUAAACUGAGAUACAUGUGUGCUCAUAUGUACUCAAUCAGCCACCACUGUUGCAUUACUGCAAUCUUUUUUUUUUAGGGUUUAUGUUUUUUUGUUGUUGUAAAAUAAGCAAAGCUUAGACCAUCACGUAAAGUAUUUGUUGACCAUGAAAUGCCAUCCAGAUUUUUUGGCUCUAAAUUAUUUUUCUAUUUCGUUUUAGUAAAACGGUUGUAUUGUUUUUGUGUUUGCCCAUAUUGCCUUUGGCUGGAGUCCACCUGUGUGAAGGGUUUGAAGAGUUCAGGAUUUCCACAGCUAACUCUGCAAGCAUUGGGAAUGUACAAGAGGCCAUUACUAUUUGGUACCUUCAUAUUUGACAGCACUUAUCUUUAAAACCGUUCUCUCCGUCCAAAUUUAGCUUUUUUUACGAAGGUGCAAGCCAUUUUGACAGUAAAAUCAUGGCCAUGUUUACUCCGUAAGGAAGAGUUUUAGAAAAGGCAGGUGACUGUUAUCACUGCCAUUUGUUCUCUGGUGUUGAAUUAUGCCUUUGUUUGCUGGUGAAGCAAUUAGUUGGAAGAUAAAUGUUAAGUAUUUUGCUGUCUCAACUUGAUUAGUGCCAAAACGCAAGAUAUGUUUUUUACUAACACACCUUUUUUUGCCCUUUUGAUACGAACCAGGUUCUUGUGAUCUUAUGUUUUUCAUUCUUGGACUUUUCUUUGUUUUAUUAACCAGCGCCUAACAAGUUCAACAGAGUCUACAUCCUGAGCUAAAGAUAAAGACCAUCCAGACUCUCCUAAUCUGGACCACACAUGUGGAUGGAGAUUAGGGGAAGGUCUCUGGACAUUUUGCACUGAAUGUGUUGAAACCACUGGGCUUUUCUGUGCACAGGCCACACUUCUUUUGGAGUACAGUCUUGUUAAUUCAUGUAACACCGACAUUAAUACUGACUAUUUCAGAGUGAAGGAAACAUGUCAUAAAUAAAUUUUAAAGAUUAUCUAAAAAA